AUGGCUAAAGAGUAUGGAAAUGCGUACUUUGCCCGGCCUCUGAUCAAACUUGACCACAGACUAACCAAGAUCAGACAAGAGAGGCUUUCAAAAAGCGUGGCCUCUGUGCUUGGGGUGUUUGGAAACGGACUGGUUAUCUGGGUGGCUGGCUUCAGCAUGAAAAAAACUGUUAACACGGUUUGGUUUCUCAACCUGGCUGUGGCUGACUUCCUCUUUACGGCCUUCCUUCCCCUGAGCAUCACCUACCAGGCUUUGGAUUUCCACUGGCCGUUUGGGAAGUUAAUGUGCAAGUUGAACAGCACAGUAAACUUUCUAAAUUUGUACGCCAGCGUCUACACCCUGGUGGCGAUCAGUGUGGACAGGUUGGUGUCCAUAGUGUGGCCGGUCUGGGCUCAGAUUCAUAGGAACGUGAGGAAGGCUUCCUAUCUGAGUCUGUGUGUUUGGGGAUUCGCUUUAUCUCUCAGCCUUCCAUCCUUAGUCUUUAGAGAUACUGAAAGCUACAAUGACACUAUCAUCUGCUACAAUAAUUAUGCUUUCUCUAAUGAUUUUAGCAAUCCAGCUGUGAUUCAAUUGCAACAUUUUCGUCAUCGAUCUAUUACCAUUACCCGUGUUCUCCUGGGCUUCAUCAUCCCCUUCAGUGUCAUGCUUUCCUGUUAUUCCAUCAUAAUCCACCGCCUCAGGAACAGCCCCACAUUGGCCAAACAAUCAGGCCGCGCUUUUAGGGUAAUUGCUGCCAUCAUCAUCACGUUUUUCCUGUGCUGGGCUCCCUUUCACAUCAUGACGAUAGUUGAGUUGAAAAGAUUUGAUCCAAACAGCCAAAGCGAAACACUGGCCCAUGUCAUCAGCAUCGGGUUACCACUUGCCACGUGUCUGGCCUAUGUUAACAGCUGCCUGAACCCGGUGCUGUACAUAUUCAUUGGCCAGGAUUUCAAGGAUAAAAUCUCCAAAUCCAUCCUGAAAGUGUUGGAGACUGUAUUUCAGGAAGAUGAGACCAACACAACAAAAUCUACCAGCAACAGUGAAAACAAGAUAUUUGACCACAAUACUGAAUUGUAGAAACACCACAGAAUUUUCUAAACAGCUGAAAGGACUGAACAACUAUUACAAAAAUCCCUAUUUUAUUACAUUAUAAUUGGCUCUGAUUAUCGAAAGAAUUGAGGUGAUGUAUACAAAUGACUAUUUCAGAGAAGGACAAAAUCAAAUAAACAUUUCUCAUGACUGAUAUUUUAUAAGUUUAACAUGUGCACUUGCAUUAUGCUAUAUUCAGUAGACCAAACUAUUUUUUCCCCCCCUCCAGGGGGUCUUUUGUGGGCUCUAGUGUCCCUUAUAUGAAAGUAGGCUAACAGGAAAGGGGGAAGAAGAGGAGAGAAGACAUGCGACAAAUAUCGCCGGGUCCAGGAAUCGAACCCAGGACGGGUAGCGCUAUCUCCUACGCCACCACAGCACGCCCCAGAUCAAACUCUUAAUUUUACCACGAAAUAAAUAUAUUUUUAUGUAUAUAUUCAUUGUAUUUUCAUAUUUUCAUUGUAAAUGCCAAAGACAUUUAAUUUAAUGUUUUUUGUACAAUAUUUGAGAGUCAGUUUAUUCCUGAAAGAAGGAAAGAAAGAAUGAGGGACUUAUUAAAGUGACAAGAACACUGUGUGUGGACACAUCUUGCAUUUCCUGAAGUGUGUGAUGUAACUCCUCAGUAAUAACCGGCAUCUUUCAGAAAUCAUGUAUGGCUGGAAGGUUAUGUUGAAAACACCAGGGUUCUGAAACUGUUAAUAGGAAAAGCUUGAUCUAUGUUCAGAUUUUCCAUCGGAUAAUUGAAGUUUAAAGAUGUCACUUCAUUUUUAGGUGUAAAAGUUAAAUAUGGAGGAAAUUUUAGAAAAAUUCCCCCAUUGUAAAGCUGUUUGUCAGAAAUAGCAAGUUUUUGCUCCUUAACUUUGUCAUUUUUAUUAUUAUCGAGGCUGUUUUGUUUGCAAGAUUUUGCUUGUUAUUUUUCUUUGUUUUCAGAGGAGACUGUUCAACCUAUUACAUGUGCUAAUCUCAUAAAAAUAACUGAGGUAUUUUAUUUCAAUGGUAUGCUUCAUAUAUUGUCAUGUACUAACUCUUGAAUAAACUCAUUAAAAAUGA